UCAAAACAACAAGCUAAGAUGGCCGGCGACAAGAGCAACAACGCGAUGCGCGACAUCCACGUCGACAAGCUGGUGAUCAACUGCUGCGUCGGCGAGUCUGGUGACAAGCUGACUCGUGCCGCUCGUGUGCUCGAGCAGCUCACGGGCCAGAAGCCCGUGUACUCCAAGGCCCGCUACACGGUCCGUACCUUCGGUAUCCGUCGUAACGAAAAGAUCUCGUGCCACGUGACCAUCCGUGGUGAGCUCGCUCAGGAGAUCCUGGACCGUGGUCUGAAGGUGAAGGAGUACGAGCUGCUGCGCAAGAACUUCUCCGAGACCGGCAACUUCGGUUUCGGUAUCCAGGAGCACAUUGACUUGGGUAUUAAGUACGACCCGUCCACGGGCAUUUACGCGCCCGGGUGCCCGUGUGGCUCGCCGUAA